AAACAAAGAAUGAGCAAGACUUUUGGACACUGUAUAGUGGAGUUGGCAGAUGGUACAACUGACAUCUACAUCAUCAAGUUCAACCAAGAUGAGAACAGAUUCAAUGAUGUCACCACAAAGAACAUCAAUGAUGCAUUGGAUUAUGUUGAGAGCAUUCCAGAGGCAUCAUGUUUGAUCACUGUUGGAACCAAUCCAAAGUACUACUCGAUGGGACUUGAUUUGGCUUGGGUGAUGAGCAUUCAACCGAUGGAGGCUGCUGGAUUUAUAUUGACAUUCCAGAAGCUGAUGUCAAGAUUGUUGACAAUCCCAAUUCCUACGAUUGCAAUUGUGAAUGGUACUGCAUUUGCUGGAGGCGCAAUGAUGGCUAUGGCACAUGACUACAGACUAGUGGCCAAGGACCCAUCGGCAUUCUUCUGUCUUCCCGAGGUUGACAUGAACCUAGUGAUCACACCAGGUCUAAAUGCACUAAUGCAAUGUAAGAUAGAUCCAACUACCUAUAGAGAUAUGCUGUUGCAGGCUAGACAGGUGACUUGUGAUGAGGCGGCGACUUAUAGAAUGGUUGAUCAAUGUUUGGAAUCAAGUGGCUUGAUGUCGGCAGCACUUCAAAUGGCCGCCAAGGUAUCACCCAAGGGAAAGAACAGAAAGACAUAUGGUGGAUUGAAGAGAGAGAUGUACAAGCACGCUAACAUUCAACUCCUGUCCAACGACUUUGGCGAGGCAUUCAAA